AUGGGUCAGCUCGACCGGAGCGAUACCACGGCCUCACAGAAAACCGGCGUGAAACAACCACAGCGUUGUGUUUCGCCGUAUAGACCGAGUAAUAUAAACAAGAAGCCUAUUUCUUUGUCUCACGCUUCUGUUCGUUUUGGCAACCACAACGUGAUAACGCCCGGACCCGUCGCCCUGCGGCCGGCCCUGACCCCGGUCGGCAAACGAGCACACGGAUUACCUGAUAGUAUAAGCAAGCGCCGCCCAUGGACACGCGCAACGGAGGAGUUACGAAUGCGUUACCGACCUCUUAGGGAUAAGGGAUUGGAGAUUAAGGGAUUGGGGAGGAAUCGGGGAAGGGGAAGGAUUGGGCCUCCGGCCGAGGUCGCGGUGCCUCAUUGCGCUUACCCCGUAGCCCCGGCUGAACAUCAGCCCUAUUGGGCCCCGACUGUGGUGGUCUAUUGGCUCUUUGAGGCGCGAGCGGAACGCUACGCGCCGUACGCUCGGGUCCGCUGGUCGGGCAGCGAGCUACCCUUACUCGCCGUUCGCAGGAGAUAA